CUACAAAUUUACUAAAAAUCGGUUGUUUAGUCCUCUUUUGCGGUACAAAAUUGCCGAACUUGUCUCCGGCGAGGUCUUCCAUAUCUAUGGCGGCCAAUAUCGGUGCCAACGCCCCCGCUGCGGUGUCUCUUGCGGUUGACGAUCACCACUUCCCCGCCGCGGAUCCUACAUCUGAUCAAGACCGAAAGGACGAGACUGUACAAGCUCUCAAAUCUGAGGUCAUGGCUACACUUAAUGAAGUGGUUAAGUCCCUGGAUGAAGAUAGCUGGAUGUUUGAUGGGCCUCGAUCUCGUAUACAACUUAUUUCAAGGCCAGGCAGUUUUCUUCAGAAGCGACAGGAAUUGACAAAGAAGCAGACCUUGGCACCAUCAAAAUGAUGGAGAAGAACCUCUUUUGCCUCUUUUGGUCCAAAACGAUGACCUUGGUUUCAAUUUUGAGUCUUUUGGUCUGCUUAAUCAUGUCUUGGACAACCAAGAACCAUAACCAAAAUCUUUUGUUUUUCGCGGUCAAGUAUACCCGCAAUGAAGUAGAAACGAUCAAUAUUUUGUACAUACUCUAUUCUUUGAUAUGUAAUCAUCAUAAUAUGCGUAGCGUGAUAAGAAAUGUAUCUAUUUAAAUAGGACUAAAACAUGUAAUUUAUCCCUUCUAUAUAGGAGUUGGCAUAGUGAAAUGCAUCAAUCUGACACUGCGCGUUGGCAUUUCACCGUAUUUUAUGGCAUUAUUUGGUAUCAGGUGUCUUGUCUUGCUAUAAAAGUAUUGGAGGUCC